AACAAUACAAACCAAACAGUGAAGAUCUAGUUUAUAUAUUUCGUUCUUCUAGAGAAGAUAAUAAUGCGUGCACUUCUAAUCUUAUCCUGCGUCCUGGUUAGCGUUCCUGUAAUAUACUCACAGUGUCAAGAUGGCAAAUUGACGGAUAUCAAAGGACGCAGUUUCACAGUGGUUUCUAAGACACCCACGAACCCAGAUUGUAUCCAGGACACCCAAAUGCUACAAGAUAACAACAACAUGAUGUGGUGUUUGGCUAAAGAACCCAAUCCCAAUAUGGCUGUCAGUGCUCAAUGCGGGGGACCAGAUGAACCUUUCAAUAGUGGUGGACCUUUCACCCGAUCUGGAGUAAACACAAAAAUUGUGCCUGGGGUAGGACAAGUUGCACAGGGCCCGGAUGCCAUUGCUGUAGUGUCUCAACAGGUUGGAGACGAUUAUUUCUUUGGGAAAAAAUGAAGAAAUAAAUAUGAUGGAAUGUUAUACAUUUUUUCAAAUAAAUAUGUUAAAAUGUUUUACAUUUGUUCCGAAUAA